AGAGCAAACAAGCUGAGCCGCGAACUGGAGAUAACUACAUCACAAGCCAAGCAAAGACAGCCUCUUUCCUCUAAACGAAGUGGAAAUAACUCCUCAGCUCUCUAUCCACGGCAAUGGAGCUCUCCCUCCUUCCGCUAGGGCAUCAGCAGCGACUCAGCUCUCUAUCCAUUUCUAAACGACGACAGUUAUUCUCGAAGCCCCGUCGUUCAUAUGGGAAACCAUCUUCUGUUUUGUUUUGCUUCUGCUCCGCAGAUACUUAUUUCUCCGAGUCCGGGGGAAGGAGAGCAUUGGUUGGUCUCAUGUUUGUCGCAGCCGCUGGACUCAACAUGUGUCGUGUAGCUGAAGCCAUUUCCUCUAGUAGACGAGCACUCAGGGGAGCAAAGGUACCUGAGAGCGAUUUCACUACUCUCCCAAAUGGUCUGAAGUACUACGAUCUGAAGGUUGGAGGCGGGUCUAAAGCUGUGAAGGGAUCACGUGUUGCCGUGCAUUAUGUUGCCAAGUGGAAGGGUGUAACUUUCAUGACUAGUCGUCAAGGCCUUGGUGUUACUGGUGGCACGCCUUAUGGUUUUGAUGUCGGGCAGUCUGAAAAUGGUACUGUUCUUAAAGGCUUGGAUCUUGGGGUUGAAGGAAUGAGGGUUGGCGGCCAGAGACUAUUGAUAGUUCCGCCUAAACUAGCUUAUGGCAGUAAAGGAGUCCAGGAGAUUCCUCCUAAUGCAACAAUUGAGUUGGAUGUUGAGCUAAUAUCCAUCAAAUCGAGUCCUUUUGGUUUCGGUGUUAAACUUAUAGAAGGGUAAAUAUGCCUGGCUUUCAUUUCAUUUGGUGAAAAUCUAAUUGAUGAAUCAGGCAUGAAGGUUCAUUAUUCCUAUCAGGCUUCUGCCAAUUCUGGCAGAAAUUACAGUAGCAAAACAGUAGAAAGGCCUUAGUUUUUUUUCUUUUGCUAGAAUUAUUUUGUUUCUUAGAAGGUUAAAACCUUAAUUUGUAUUUUUGCAGAGGAAAUGUUUUAUUGUUCAUUUAUAUGCUGUUGUUUGACA